UCUUUCUCACUGCAGGUUACAUCCAAGCCUGCAGAGGACUGAUGAUCUCUGCUGUCUGCCUGGGCUUCUUCGGUGCUGUGUUUGGACUGAUUGGGAUGAAGUGUACAAAAGUCGGAGGCUCCGACAAGACUAAAGCAAAAAUAGCUUGUCUAGCUGGACUGAUUUUCAUACUCUCUGGGUUGUGCUCUAUGACUAGUUGUUCCCUGUAUGCAAACAGGAUUACGUCUGAGUUCUUUGAUCCUUCUUUUGUUGCACAAAAGUAUGAAUUAGGAGCAGCAUUGUUCAUUGGAUGGGCUGGAGCUUCACUCUGCAUAAUUGGUGGCAGUAUAUUCUGCUUCUCUAUAGCUGAAAACAGUAAUUCUCCAAGGAGGGGGUACACAUAUAAUGGAGCUGCAUCUGUGAUGUCUUCUCGUACAAAGGUCCACAACAGUGUCCCAGACAAAACCCCACCAAAGCACUUUGACAAGAACGCUUACGUUUGAUUGUACUGUUGGAAGAUUCAAAGCGUUUGAAAAAUGAGUUUGUACGUUUCAUCCAGAGUGAUUUCUCCCCUCCACCCUAAUGUACUUACCACUAAGACAAUGACUUUUUAAACCUUUAACUUGCAGGUUUUUACAUAUUGAUGUAAAUUUUAUUAUCUAAUAUUUUAAGAUUGAUGUUGGUAUUGUAAAGUUUAUACCUGGAAAUCAUGAGCUGAUGUUGCUCUCUUGAAAAAAAAUAAAUGAGGUACUUACCAAUUC